AUGGCAAUCCCAGACGAAGAGUACGACAAAUUAUCCAAGGAAGAGCGCGACGCUCGCGACAAAGGAGAUCGAGCACGCGAGAUAGCAGAGCAGGCCGCGUUGCCCUACUCAUGGACCCAAGAACUGGGGGAGGUAGAUGUCACCGUUCCAGUUCCAAAAGGGACCCGUGGAAAACAGCUCAAUGUCGUUAUUCAAAAAAAGAAAUUGGUUGUUGGUCUUAAAGGAGAAGAGCCCAUUUUAAGUGGGGAACUCUGCAAAGAAAUUAAAGUCGAGGAUAGCACUUGGACUUUGCAUGACCAAGCACUUGUUCAUUUGGAGAAAUUGAAUAACCAAACUUGGUGGGAGAAUGUUCUGACCCAUGACCCAAAGAUCGAUACAAGGAAGAUCGAGCCUGCCAAUAGCAAACUGAGUGACCUCGACGGAGAAACGAGGGGGAUGGUCGAGAAGAUGAUGUUUGACAACCAACAGAAACAACUGGGUAAGCCUACGUCGGACGAAAUGAAAAAGAUGGAGACCCUCAAGAAGUUCCAAGAGGCUCACCCGGAACUGGAUUUUUCGAAUGCGAAGAUAUCAUAG